GAGAGGACAGAGAGACGGAUAGAGGAAGGGAGGGGGAGAGCUAGCAAAGGAGAGAAGAGAGGAAGAGAAAGAGAGGGGAAGAGAGAAAAAUCUCGUAAUGUCUCUCUUCUUGUUCUCUAUUUAGUGAACUCGCGGCGUUUCGCAGAUAAUGUCCGAGAAUGUCCAUUUCUGGGACUUUGAGCAACUAUUACGUGGACUCCAUCAUAAGUCACGAGAGCGAUGAACUCUCAACCCCGGCUCGCUUUCCCAGCGUCCAGUAUUCCGGCUCGAGCUCCGCUGCUGCCGCGGGCGGACGGCAGCCCGGCGGCGCCGCGCACGCAGAGCAUCCCCAUCCCGAUUCCUACCCAUCCUGCAGUUUCCAGCCGAAGCCUCCGGUCUUCUCGUCGUCCUGGAGCCCUUUCAGUCCGCACCACGGUGCCAGUGGCCUCCCUACAGUCUACCACCCUUACAUCCCAGCCCAGCACGUGCCCGCCGCGGAUACACGAUACCUACGCUCAUGGCUGGACUGCGCGCCGCGCGGUUCCGAGUCUGUCCCGGGCCAGGGCCAGACAGGGCAGGUUAAGCUGGAGCCGCAGCUCGGCCAUCUCGGCGCGGAGAUCGCACCCAAAAUCGGCGGACAGCACCAGCACGAGACCACCACGUACAUCUUGGAGUCGACGUCCACGGCUGCGCGCGAGCUAAGCCACCAUCCAGCCGCCAUCCCGGGAGCAAGGUUCGAAGAAAAUAAGGACAUUUGUGAAGGGAGUGAGGACAAAGACGGCAUGGAUCAAAAUGACCCCUCGGCCAACUGGCUACACGCUCGCUCCUCCAGGAAGAAGCGAUGCCCGUACACCAAAUACCAGACUCUCGAGCUGGAGAAGGAGUUCCUGUUCAACAUGUACCUCACGCGGGACCGGCGGCAUGAGGUGGCGCGCGCGCUCAACUUGACGGAGCGGCAGGUGAAGAUCUGGUUCCAGAACCGGAGGAUGAAAAUGAAGAAACAGAGCAAGGAACAACCCAAGGACUAAGCGGAACUGUCACUCGCGAACGCACACACGUUCAGACACACGUGUAUGGCACGACGCUCAUUGUGUAUCCAACAUAAAGCCCCUUAUUUCUUAUGUCUAAUACACAGAAUGGCCUUCCCAAGAACUGCACACACACACACACACGCACGCACACACACACACACACACACACACACACACACACACACACACACACACACACACACACACACUCAUUCAUUUCCUUUAACCUUCAGAAUCUUUACCACGUGAGCUUCAG